GGUAAUUUUUCUUCAAGUCAAUUCGCUCUCCAGAUCCCCUUUCUGCCCUAACCCUAGCCCCUAGCCCCUAGCCCUAGGUCGUCUUCUUCUUCUUCUGCUAUGGCCUUGGCCAUGGCCGCGGCGGCAACAACAGCAGAUCUCUACGUUAAUGCUUUUACUAUGGGUAAAUAUAUCAGUGAAGGUAUGUGUAAUUAUAUCAGUGAAUGUGUUGGUGAUGGUCAUGAGGCUCUGCCGGCCUCUAUCACCUGGAUAUCGAAUUCGGUGUGAAUCAGACUUAUCAUUCAUCAGAUGGAGCCCUUAAAAGCAGAACCAAAGAGAGUAUAGGAGAUUUCACAUCACUACAUCCAUAUCACUCCAUGACCUAUGAUCCCCUCUCCACAAUCAUCGCUCGAAUGAACCUUCCCUUCCCGUUGCAAUGUUUUGAGUACCCCAACAUGCCGGAGAACAAGUUUUUGAACGUCCACGACCUAAUCAUUCAUCUUUUGGAAGAUGUUCGUUCCACGGCGAAUACACGUUUUUCCCAAUCUGAAUCUGCAGCAGGUCGAAAGUUGUUAUUGUGCUUGACAGUCGACAUUGAAAGAAGAGUUAUCUUACCCCGCCAUGAAAUUGAAGCAAUUGACCGGUUAAGGAAGAAGGAAGAACGUAUGUUACAACUCCAUCAAUUUGUUUCUGCCAUGGUGCGGACGGAUUCCGAAGAUCCGUAUUUGGACUUUUCUUCGGUGGAGAGGCGAAUAGGAAGGGAAGUGAGGGACACAGCGCCCACAGAGAAAGCCUUCUUGGACAGGAAGUAUGAAAAAGAGUUGGAAUUGUCAUUGUUGGAACAAGCUAUGGGUGACUACUUUCAGGAGCCAUUAGAGACACUGACAUUUCAAGGUAAUAAUAAUAUUGGGAAGGAGGACCAAGUUCUGUGUGGUAUAUGUAAGAAUGAGAUACUCAUUGGAUCCCGAGCUACUUUUAUGCCAUGCUCUCAUAUAUACCAUUUCCGAUGCAUUGCAGACUGGCUGAAAAGGAGUCUUAUGUGCCCCUCGUGUCCCUUCAAGUUGACAACCUCCUAAUCUAAUGUUGUUGACUGGUUCAAUCUUGGCUCAUGAGAUGAUGCAUGCAUGGUUGCGGCACAAAGGUGCUUAUCUGAGAAGUGCUAUAUACUGGAAAUUACCAUUGGGAUUGCUUUACAGGUUCUCCUAAUCUGAGUCCAGAUCUUGAAGACGUAUCUGCCAAGUGUUAGCUCAUAUGUGGUUAGAUUCUGAGAUUAUUGCUAUCUCUGGUGGUAAUGUUGCUUCAACUUUGUCACCAUCUUCUUCUUCAUCAUCCUCUAGUCCACAUCCUCAAAAAAGGAUAAACGGUCUGAAUUCGUGGUUUUUUCAAACACCAAAUCGAAUCGGAUACUUCUCUAUACUCCCGGCUGGGAAUGGAUAAACUAUACCCCAAUACUUUUGAAAGAAAUACUUGUUAAUAUAUAGAAAAAUAUUGAAGAAAAAUGAACAUAUACAUUUUCUUUAUGUAUACGACACUUUUCGUUUAAUGUUUAGUUAAGAAGCAGCUCUAUUCUGCUGGUACAUAGUUCAAUCCUUGAUGAACUAUAAUUCUAAAGUAAAAUGAACACAUACACUUCUUUUUUAUUCCCCUCUUCAUUCAAUUGGGGCUGCAUUUGGCAUUGUUGUAACGCAUCAUUAAGUGAUUACUGAUAAGGGAUUAUGAAAAAAGUACUAAUCAAUAUGAAGUUGUAGAAAAGAAGUGUUUGUUUGGAAUAUCUGAUUAGUGUUGUCAUAGUCACUAGUGAUUAUAUUGAUGACAUUAGUCACACACUGCCAUUAUCGACUUGGAAAAAGAUGCUGGAAUGGGAAUAUUUAUUUUAUGUUCUUGAUAAUAUCGACACAAAGGAUUAUAAAAAAGAAAUAUGAUAGAAUAUUCCAAAUCUGAAUCUGCAGCAGGUGGGAAGAUGGUAUUGAUGUUGACAGUGGACAUUGAGAGAAGAGUGAUUUUACCACGCCAUGAAAUUGAAGCAAUGGACCGGGCAAAGGAGAAGGAAGAACGCAUGUUACAACUUGAUCAGUUUGUUUCUGCCAUGGUGCGCGGAUGGAUUCGAAAGAUCCGUAUUUGGAAUUUUCUUCGGUGGAGAGGCGAAUAGGAAGGAGAGUGAGGGACACAGCACCGACAGAGAAAGCCUUCUUGGACAGGAGGUAUGAAAAAGAGUUGGAAUUGUCAUUGUUGGAACAAGCUAUGGGGGAGUACUUUCACGAGCCAUUAGAGACUCUGAGAUUUGAAGGUAAUAAUAAUAUUGAUGGUAAUGAUGAGGAUGAUGAUAAGGGGAAGGAGGAACAAGUACUUUGUGGUAUAUGUAAGAAUGAGAUGCUCAUGGGAUCGCGAGCCACUCGCAUGCCAUGCUCUCAUAUAUACCAUUUCCCCUGCAUUGCAGACUGGCUGAAAAGGAGUCUUAUAUGCCCCUCUUGUCCCUUCAAGUUGACAACCACCUAAUCUAAUGCACAUAUAUAUAUAUAUAUAUUGUGUGUUAAGUAUAUAUGAUGGUCAAGUGAUUUAAUUUUACAGUAUAUGUGGCACUGGAACAACAUUCUAAUUAUAGUUUUAAACCUAGCUAAAUGUGUUAAUCAACUGUUUGAUCUAGAAGUUUAGACUAUCUACAUGAAUGUCAAUUGUUUCUGCCAGUUUCACUUAUGGAUUUCAGUUUUUGCAGGCAAGCACAACAACAGGCUACACAGUAAAUAAAUAAUGGCUAUUUAUUAAGUUCGUUCCUGAUUUAGAUUUUGCAGCAUUGAUCAAUGUAGUUGCAUUGAAUUAGAUUCUGUAGCUUUGAUGAAUAUAGUUAUCAGAUUACAGAUUGGAUUAAUUGUUUCCCUCAGUUAAUUAAAUGAUUUUUGAUCAAUAUGAUGAUAGCACAUAAUUGUUUUUUUCUUUUUCGGAAUAUACUUAAGUUGUUUUUCUUCCCUCUAGUUUUGUGUUUUUUUUUUUUUUUUUCUUGCAUAUGUAUGGAACAAAAGUUGGUUUACUGGAUUCGUUUGUGGCUGUAAUGGCACAACAAAAAGUUUGGAUCUU